AUUCACAGUAAAUUUCACUAAUUCAUUUUUAAAGAGUACGGAUUCAUGAGUGGAUUUUUAGACUAUCGAUUCAUGAUCAAACAUCUAGUAUGGAAAUCAUGCUUCUGUUAUUAUAAAGUACUUCAAACAUCACUGGCGAUACCUUUCAGUGUAUAAGCCAUUGCAAUAUUUUCGCUAAUAAUAAGUUAUAGUAACAAAGCAAUCGAAGUUACCGUAGCAACACUAUAUCCACAAACCCGGAUGAUUUUGAUGUGAAGUGACGGCACCAAUUAAGAUGCCCGUCAACGUCAUUCGAAUAUUUCAUAGCAAGGAAAAUAAUUGAGGGGAAAUACUAAAUUUAAUACAAAGGUCGAUGGCCAUAUCAGUCUUCACGACAGAGCUUAGUGAUAGUCACUGUUAUAUGGAGUGCAUUUAUACUGCAAGCUAUUCCACAAAUUAUCGCAAUUGUUACACAUUUUGACGAUCGAGAAGUACUUCUCGAGGCUUUGGCACCAUUUAUAAUAGACAUAAUGUUUGUAGCUAAAUAUAUGAAUUCAAUCUAUAAUGCAGAAUUGAUGAUGACUCUAUUCGAGAGAAUGAAAAAGGAUUGGAAAUUACUGUCAAGUGCUAAAGAAAAACGUAUCCUAGAAUAUCAUGCAAAUAUCGGGCGACUUAUUUCUACUGGAUAUGCAGGAUUUGCAUACACGACGACGGCAAUAUUUCUGUCCGAACCAAUUUUGCCAAGGAUUAUCAAUUACUUUUCAAAAUCAAAUGAAUCCGUCCCACUGAAAUUCGCUCUCCCAUUGGAAUACAUAAUAUUUAAAAAAGAAAAUCAUUAUUGGUUAAUGUUAGCCAUUACGAAUAUGUUUGCUAUUAACAUGAUAAUUGUUACUAUAUCCUGUGAUAUCAUGUUUAUCACAUUCGUACAACAUGUAUGCGGGCUGUUUGCAGUUGUAGGAUUUCGGAUAGAAAAUUCGCCCACGGGUAAAAUUACGGACAGUAAUCAUAAAGAAGUUAGUUUACGGAAAAAUUCACAAGAUGCUUCUUAUAAACAUUUAGUUUCAUGCAUCAGAAGUCACAGGAGAGCUUUAGAAUUCGUUAAACUCCUCGAAGAAACCUUUACUGGAACUUUUGGAGUGGUAGUUGCAUUAAAUUUACCUAUGAUUAGUAUUACCGGAUUGCAGCUAAUAACACAAUCGAAUACAGUGGAGCAAACAUUGAAGUACCUCAUGUUUGCUCUUGCCCAAGUGCUGCAUCUUUUUUUCGACUGUUUUCUAUCACAGAAUUUAACGAAUAUGAGUUCACGGAUUCCACAGUGCAUAGCUAACAUGAAGUGGUACAAUAUUUCGAAAAACUCACAAAAAUUGACACUUUUGAUGACAAUGAGAAGUCAGACACCUUGUAAAUUGACUGCUGGCAAAAUGAUGGAAUUGUCUAUUGAAAAUUUUGGAAUGAUGAUGAAAACAUCUGGCUCAUAUUUUACGAUGCUUUUGUCAAUGCAAUGAAAAUUCUGCUGAUUCCAAAUUGCUACGCAUAAAUGAUACUCUAACAAAAAAAUAUUCUAUGAUUGUCAAAAAUGUAAAAUGUUGUACUUGAGAAUAAGUUGUAAGAGAAAAUGAGUUUAUCUUAUUAUA